AUGGCUGCAGCCACUGCUUUGGGAAACUCUUUCUCGUGUUGGUUAAAAAAUUUCUUGAAUGACCUAAGUGGUGACAUCGACACGGACGUGUUCGGUGAAUAUAUUGAAGGUUUGCUGCAAGAUGAAACCCUCGAAAAGCAAGAAAUCCUUGAAAGUAUUAGCAGUUUUCUUGAAUCCGUAAUCCCCUCAGAGUCUGCGAUUAAGGGCGGUGAGAAGAUCGUUUCUCAGUAUCGUGCCAUCAAAACCAAUUGUGCGCCAGAUUCGGUUGCCCCAUCCAAUGCCAGUGAAGCAGCAAAACUGGAUGACCUUGAGCAGCAAAUGCGCACACUAUUGGCCCAGCAGCCCAAAAUUAAGCCAACUCCUUCCGCAAACCAUCCAACCCCUAGCGUACCUCAACGUGACAACCGUGACGCCUGCACUGUCGCGGCCCUGAGGGCUGCUGGCGUCGGUGGUUACCAAGGCAACGAGGAGGAGGAGGCCGCGCUCGCAGUGGCCCUCGCUGACGCCGAAUUCUUCUCCAAGCAGAAGUUGGCGUCUGCCGCGACCUUGGGUUCCACGGUGGCUGGUUCCAGGCGUGCUCCGAAAUCCGACGCACCUGACGCCGCUGUGGUUGGCUCCCUGCCUAACGAAAGUGAAAAUAUCGAUCUGGAGGAGAUUGAAGAGGCACAAGGUUAUGGUAAAAAGGACGGCAUCAAGCCGGGCAGUGUAAUGGACGCGCUCUCCACUCUGGACCCGCACAAAUUCGGCUCCUCGCAGGCAACUCCGACGGCGCGCGAGGAGCUCAAGGUGGGUCGGCUGAAACGCCUUCCCACCCCCGGCGACGUCAACUCCAGCACCCCGGCGUACCUCCUCCUCGCAUCACGUGGCCAUCAGGCGGCGGUGGGUGUCGGUGGGACUGCAGCCACCACCACUACCACCUCCUCCGCCACCGUCUCCACGACCUCCAACCAGAGAAAGAAGGGACUUCAACCCUCCAAGCACCUAGCCGAUAUCGGUGCGCGCGCCGAACUGAAGCACCAGAAGAUGCUUGCGAUGCAGAGGGAGAAGCUGGGAAACCUCCCCAGCGCGGCUCGCAGCCGACUGGACGAUAUGGACGCCUUCUUCAUUAGCGACGAUGACAAGGAGGAAGUGGUGGACCCCUCGGCAAACUCCAAGUCCCCUAGUGUAUCGGUGGCACAGCCAGACAUCCUGUUGGCGGGUGGUGGGAAUCGCGAGCGCGUGAAGGAGGCUGAGAAGGCGGCGCGGGUCGCGGCGGCCGCGGACCAUGCAGAGCGCAGGGCUAAGGAGAAGGCGGAGCGCACCAAACAGCUGGAGACCGAGGCCAAGCGCAAAGCCACCGCGCAGCAACGAGCCCAGAAGGUCGAACGGAGGCGUCGUUGA